AUGGCGGCGCUGUGGCGGCGGCCGCGUCCCCCGGCAGUGUCGGGGCUGUGCCGUACGCUCCGAGCGCUCUCAGGAAAGAAUCAGUAUGAUCUCCUGGUCAUUGGCGGAGGGUCUGGAGGCCUUGCUUGUGCAAAGGAAGCUGCUCAGUUUGGAAGAAAAGUGGCUGUUCUGGAUUAUGUUGAACCUUCCCUACAAGGAACUGCAUGGGGACUUGGUGGAACUUGUGUAAAUGUUGGCUGCAUUCCUAAAAAGCUUAUGCAUCAAGCAGCCCUUUUAGGGAGUGCCCUUAAAGAUGCCCAACACUAUGGCUGGAAUAUAUCCCAACCUCUUCAUCAUACCUGGUCUAUGAUGGCGCAAGGUGUUCAGAAUUAUGUGAAAUCCUUGAAUUGGGGACACAGAGUGCAACUACAAGAAAAGAAGGUGAAAUAUUUCAACAUAAAAGGAAGUUUUUCUGAUCCACAUACAGUCCAUGGUUUAACAAAAGCAGGUAAAGAGACUGUUGUUACUGCAGAUAAUAUUGUCAUUGCUACUGGUGGAAGACCAAAAUACCCUACGCAUGUUGCAGGUGCACUGGAGUAUGGAAUCACAAGUGACGAUCUGUUCUGGUUAAAGGAAUCUCCUGGAAAAACGUUGAUUGUUGGAGCCAGCUAUGUUUCCCUUGAGUGUGCUGGUUUUCUAACAGGCAUUGGAUUGGACACUACAGUCAUGAUGAGAAGUAUCCCACUUCGUGGGUUUGAUCAGCAAAUGGCUUCUUUAGUAACUGAGCACAUGGAAUCUUAUGGCACAAAAUUUUUAAAGAGAUGUUUCCCAACUAAAGUUGAAAAAUUGAAGAGCAACAAAUUGCAAGUCACUUGGAAAAAUGCUGACCUGGGCACAGAAGAAACCGAUUCUUUCAACACCGUUAUGUGGGCAGUAGGCCGAGCCCCUGACACCAAAACUCUCAAUUUGGAGACAGUUGGAGUGAAAACUAAUUCUGAAACUGGAAAGAUUAUUGUUGAUGCCAGUGAAGCUACUUCUGUUCCUCACAUUUAUGCAAUUGGAGACAUAGCAGAGGGCCGUCCUGAAUUAACACCCACAGCAAUAGCAGCAGGAAAACUGCUGGCUCAGCGUCUCUUCGGCCAGUCUUCAGAGCUGAUGGACUAUGACAAUGUGCCUACCACAGUCUUCACUCCCCUGGAAUAUGGUUGUGUUGGCCUGUCAGAAGAAGCAGCUGUGCAGCGUCACGGGUCAGAUAAUAUUGAGGUAUACCAUGCAUAUUACAAACCUUUAGAGUUUACAGUGGCUGAAAGAGAUGCAACUCAAUGCUAUAUGAAAAUGGUGUGCUUACGAGAGGGGGAGCAACGAAUACUUGGCCUUCAUUUCAUUGGACCAAAUGCAGGCGAAGUUAUUCAAGGAUUUGCUCUUGGAAUCAAAUGUGGUGCUACGUAUCCUCAGAUGAUGAAGACAGUUGGCAUUCACCCCACCUGUGCUGAAGAAGUUACCAAGUUGCACAUUACAAAGCGUUCUGGCCUGGAUGCAACAGUCACAGGCUGCUGAGGUUAAAUACCAUCCCUGGGAAAAAGGAAAAAAAUCACAAAACAUAUUUGUAAAGAAAAGGGGCACUUAAAGUUGAAACAGCUUUAAUGGUUCAGGUUACAGGAAUCUUUCUUGUUCUCCGUGUAGAGAGCUUUUUCUCACAGCCAAAAAAUUUUCCUUGCACCAUCACAGUUCUAAAACCAAUGUAGUCCUGCUGCAACAAAUCUUUUUAAAUGCCUAAAGCUCUUCUGUUGCUAGAAGCUAGGGAAUCAUCACAGUAUUUUAUGUGUCAAUGUAACUAAAGCCCGUGACAUCUGAGGCCAUCUACAAAUGAAGCAGUUGUCAUUUGGGUUUCCCUGUUGGCACAACUGAGCUGAAGAGUCUCAGAUGCUGGCAAUCAGACAGGGCAUCCCUUAGAAGUUUGGUGGGAUGGUUUGUCCUGCAUGCUUGGAUUGCUCAUUACUGAUGCUGAUAUUGAACACUGAGACUCUGCAUUCACUAAUGGAAAGUUCCUGGAGUGCGUAACAAAGGGUAAGCAGUCAUCUUUGGGUUUUUUCCUUUAAAAUGUAAUAUGUAAAGGAAUUUAAUAGAAAAUCACCUGAAGCUGUACUGCUGCUGGAAGAAUCACAAUGGAUUAAUCAGUAGCAGCCUCAUCACAGUGUUAUGGUAAAGACUGAGAAUGAAUUAUCUCAGAGGCGCUGAAGGAAGAGUUGGAUUUUAUGGUGGCGCCUCUGCCUGCUCCUGAAAUUUUUAAUUCAGCUCAGUCCAAACUAAAUUGACACAGGUCACAAAUUACUGCUUGAAUAGUGUAUAUUAAUCUGACAAGUAAGAGUAAAACCCUCUAAUAAUCCACCUUAUGCAGCAUUUUCUGUUUUAUAGAAUGCAGAAAUAUGGGUGACACUGAAAUAUUUUCUUGGUUUGUUUUUAAGACUUUCUUACUUACGAGUUAGAGACCGUAUCUGAACUGACUAACGUCUGGCUUUAAUAAAACACAUUACUGAAGGGAACUACAUUAAGCAGUGAUCCAGAAGAGAAAUGGUCCUGCCUUGAGCAAAGAUAUAAAAUAAUCAUCU